AUGAGGUCCUUUUUGCAGUGUGUUGCCUGCGCUGCAGCAGUACCCGUUGCCUAUGCUCAAUGGCAGAACACAACGAGAAGCAGUGUCGAGCACUCGCCCGACACCUUGGUCCAGACUUCGUCGGACGUUCCUGCUCUGACCUCGUCGGAUGUCUCUACUUUGACCUCGUCGGAUGUCUCUACUCUGACCUCGUCGGAUGUCUCUACUUUGACCUCGUCGAAUUUCUCUACUCUGAGCUCGUCGAGUGUCUCUACUCUGACCUCGUCCGAUAUUCCGGCUCAGACUCCAUCCAAUGUCAACCAGAUGAACAUCUCGGCAGCCGCCACUCCUGAGCCCAGUACCAUUACAAAAACAUUGUCCAGAAACGCGACCGUCACCAUCUCACUGGCCAAUAAUUCGAUUACGUGGCUUCCAACCGACGUUCCCGUCCAGACCUUUCUCUCGCUCAGCAGCUGCGAUGUGGCAUGGGGCAAUUGGAGUUCAUCCUACGGGCAAACAUAUGAGACGUCCUCCUCGAUUUGGGUGGGCGGCAUAACUUCCACGUCCCGUGGCACCAACGACACGCCAAUAAUAACGCUCUGUGAUGGUAUCCCUCGCGGUGGCGCCUUCGUAGAGUAUUUCGGAUACAGUUCACAGACGGUUGAUCUUGUCACAAGAACGUCCUAUGUCACGACCGGCACCGCUGUGCCAACGUGUACUCAGAACUCACAAGACUGUUCAUCUCUCUGGUCGUUGUGGAGUGUGGACAAGUCAAGCUGGUCCCAGGCGCACACGGCCACGGAUGCUGGCUCCUUCUAUCAGGAUCCGGACUACUGGGCGCCGAACUGCAAGAAUCCCAACUCUUGUGAUGAGACCUGCCAUCUCUGGGGAAGUGAAUAUGUGGAAUUGUACUACUUCCCGCAGCAAUGGACGGAAGAUCGCAUCUGCGGCCCCAACGCCACUCGAACCGAUCCAUGGCAAGUCGACAAACGCGAAAUCGUGACGGCAACCGUGGGCACCUACACCAUGACCUCGCCCACCGCCUACCUCUUCUUCACCACCAUGUACGCGCGCGACAGCCUCGGCUACGACGCCAAAUCCUGUGGCCAAGACAUGUCAUCGAUCUGGAUCCCCGUGCCCCCGGGCGAGCUGUACAGCCUGCCAAACAGCCGCUCGCAGCAGCUAUCCCGCACCUUCGACUUCGCCAACCUCGCCAAAACGACCGUGUCGGGCUACGAGAUCCCGCUGGUGCCCAGCAGCGCGUACUGGUGGCCCAACUCGUGCAGCGACAACCCGGGCCAGCUCAUCAACUCGUGCGCGCCGUCGACCAUCCACGACGACUACAAGCCCAACAUCCUGUACAACACCCAGAUCCAGGACCUGCAGUCGGCCUGGAAGAGCUGCAGCCCGCUGAGCCAGUUUUUCGGGACGUACGCCAUGCACGACCCGCCGAUUGCUUUGACCACCGCAGGCGGUCUCCUCGCGCCGUCGGCCACGACGACUGAGGCUGAAUCGACCAAGCCGGCUGCCACCAGCGCGGCUGCCGAGCCCAGCUCGACGGUGGCCGAUCCGCUGCCGACGAACACGAGUCCGGCCACCACGGCGCCGGAGACGGAGGUGCAACCGACGGCGACCAGCGUGCAGCAGGAAACAACAGAGCAGCAGCAACCGACGGCGACCAGCGCGCAGCAGGAAACGACGGAGCAGCAGCAGCCGACGGCGACCAGCGUGCAGCAGACAUCGGAGCAGGAGGAGCCUUCGCCGACUGAGAGUGGCUCUGCGGACCCCAGCAGCAGCGAAGGAGGAGAUGCCAGUGACCCGCCAUCGAGCACUGCCAGCCCGGAUCCAGUGACCUCUGACCCGGACGACGACGACUCGGACCCGGUGGAUUCUGACCCGGGAGACGGCGACGGCGACUCCGAUCCUACGGAUUCUGAUCCCGGAAGCUCUGACCCUGAGGACUCUGAUCCUACGGAUUCUGAUCCUGGUAAUAAUUCUGAUUCAGGGGGAGACUCCGACCCAGACUCCUCUGACCCAGGCUCCUCCGACCCUGAUUCCUCCGACCCUAAUUCCUCUGACCCAGACUCGUCUGAUCCUGACUCUUCUGACCCGGACGACACUUCUGAUCCCGACUCAUCCGACCCCGGUUCUUCCGACCCUGACAACAACACAUCCGAUCCCGGCGGCAGCAGCAGCAGUGCAGACGCAGGAAGCUCUGACCCAGCAAGCACAGCUGCUGCUGCAGGGGAAUCCAACUCCAACCCCACCGCCUCAGCCAACCCCUCUGACCCGUCUGAUGAUCCGUCCGUCGUGACCAUCGCCCUCCCUCCCUCCUCCACCGAUGAUGCCUCAGUAGGGGCCGCUGCCGCAACAGGCGCUGCAGCAGCCAACGGAGCCAGCUCGGCGGCCGUCGUCACCCUCGACGGCACGACGUACACCGCCCUGCCCGGCCAAGACCUGACCCUCACGGAAGCAGGCGGAUCGACCGUCGUCGUCAGUGCAGGCCAGGCUGCUACCACGCUUGCCGGCGGGCAGGUCGUCAGCGUCGGUAGUUCCGGCGUCGUGGUGGUUGACGGCCAGGGCGGCGCGACGGCAACACAGGCGUACAGCGAGGCUUCCGGCGGAUCGGCAUCGGCGUCGUCGGUGGCGGUCGUGACGGUUGGUGGGCAGACGGUGACGGCUGCGGAUGGGCAAGGCGUCGUCGUUAGCGGUGGCAGUGGUGUAGGAGGAGCGACGACGCUGACGGCGGGUGGGGCUGCGGCGACGCUGAGCGGCGGGGAGGUGGUGAGUGUUGGGUCGGACGGCGUCGUGGUGGGCGGCUCGACGGUGUCGUACUCUGCGGCUACUGCUGGUGGGCAGCAGGCGAGCGCGACGGGCGGCGUGGUGAUCAGUGUUGGUGGGGCCGCUACCACGGUUGACGGGCACACCAUCAGUUUGGCGUCUUCGGGUGUCGUCGUUGUGGAUGGCACGUCGCAGACGCUGGGCGGGACGGCGGGCUCUGUCAUCACUGCUGGCGGCCAGACGUUCACUGUUGCCGGUUCGGCGGGCGGUGCUUCGGGCACGACCGAGGCUGUGCUGACUAUCGGCUCUGAGACUGUGACGGCGGUCAGGCCUGACGGUAGUACGGGCAUCGUCGUUAUCGGAGAUCAGACGCUGACGGUGGGCGGAGCGGCCAUCACGACUGGCGGUGAGGUGAUUAGUGCCGGAACUGACGGCAUUGUCGUGGAUGGGACUACGACGGAGAGUUUCUCUGGGAAAUCAUCUACUGCUACCAGAACUAGCAGCAGAGCAUCGUCGACGACGAGCUCAACUAGUCGUCGCACCUCGAGCGGAGGGAGCGCGUCCGCAACGGCGACCUCGGGCGGGGACGAUGACUCGAGCGCAAGUUCUUUGGGCGGCAGGAAGCUGCUCUUAUUCCUCACUGCUGUUGCUGCAGUUCUCUUGAGGUAG